AGAAUCUUAUCAUUUACAAACAUUAUCAGCACUACAUCUCCAACCUCUUCCUUGUCCGAUGCUACCAUUUCUGCUCCUUCUAUGCGUCAGCCAAUGGCUUCUUCUUCUCUCUGCAGCGUUCAACGUGGCUAAUCUCCCGGGCUUCUUGCACCAGGGCUCGCUACCUUUUCAUUUAGAAACUGGCUAUGUAGAAGUGGAUGAAAUUCAUGGCGUAGAGUUAUUCUAUUAUUUCAUAGAGUCGGAGAGGAAUCCCAGAGAAGAUCCAAUUCUCUUAUGGCUUUCAGGAGGACCAGGCUGCUCUGCUUUCAGCGCUGUUGCUCUUGAGAUCGGCCCGUUAAAAAUCAGAUCAGAAAGGUACAAUGGAAGCUUGCCGAAUUUAGUUUACAAUCCUUACACGUGGACUAAGUUUUCCAACAUAAUUUUUUUGGAUUCACCAAUCGGUACUGGAUUCUCUUUCUCCAAUCAUCCGCUGGGGUAUGAAACUGGUGAUAAAUCUUGGUCAAAACAUGCUGUAAUAUUUCUCAGAAAGUGGUUUGCAGAUCACCAGCAGUUCCUUGCAAACCCUCUGUAUAUUGCCGGGGAUUCCUAUGCGGGAAAGGUUGUGCCUGUGAUAGUUCAUGAAAUUUUAAACGAAAAUGACCUCAAAGUGCAGCCAAAGCUUAAUAUUCAGGGCUAUAUGAUUGGUAAUCCAUCAACAGGUGACGUGAUCGAUGUUAAUUCUCGGGUACCAUUUGCUUUUGGAAUGGGAUUAAUUUCAGAAGAACUCUAUCAGGAAAUUGUUGAGAAUUGCAAAGGUGAAGACUACGAAAGUCCAAAGAAUGCUCCAUGUGCUUCCCUUAUUGAAGUCUUUAACGAGUUUAAGUCAGAGCUUAUGUUAGGAGAUAUUUUGGAGCCCAAAUGCAAUCUUGCUGCACCCAAUCCUAAAUACAUAGUUGUUAGUACAGGAAGGUCUAUUCUUCAGGAGAGCAACAAGGGUCUUUCUGGGCCUCCAAUUCCUGAAGUGAAGUGCGGAACAUACGCUCCUUAUCUCAUGUAUAUAUGGGCGAACAACCCAGAAGUUCAAGAUGCUCUCAAUGUUCAAAAGGGAAAAGUGAAGGAAUGGGUGAGAUGCAAUGAAUACUUGAAUUAUACAAAGGAUAUAAGCAGCAGCCUAAAGUAUCAUGUUAAUAUCACAACCAGAGGCUGUCGUGCAUUGGUUUACAGUGGUGAUCAUGACAUGAUUUUCCCCAUGGUGGGCACCAAACAGUGGAUAAAAUCACUCCAAUUCUUUGUCACCCAACGGUGGAGAUCCUGGCACGUGAGUGGCCAAGUUGCUGGAUACACGGAAUCCUACUCCAAUAAUCUGACCUUUGCGACUGUUAAGGGCGCCGGACACACGGCUCCAGAAUCUAAGGGACAGCAAUGUUUUUCUAUGUUUGGAAGGUGGAUUUCUAAGAGGCCACUGUGAAUGCUGCUUCACAGUUUACGAAGCAGAAAACCAUUACUCUAAUUGCACUAAAAUAUAUUAUCUAUACAAUAUUAUAUUAUUAUUAUUAUUAUUAUUAUUACUAUGCGGCAUAUUUGCGUCGUGCACUGCUGUAAUGGCUCAGUUAUUAAAAGAUUUAGUUUGUU